UCAGCCUGACUUGACUUCUUUCUCCGACAACUCUUUCAGGUUGCAGCUGUUGACACCGCUCCUCCUGAAGGACAGCGAGUGGCACGCCGCACCGGUGAGCACCGGUGGUGAGCUGGGGGCGAGAAUUCAGAGCCCAGACAGUUGGAGACAGCGGAGAUGGAUCCUGCACCAUCCGCCCGAGCCAUCGCCAGAAGUCUGCAGCUGGUCAUCAUCUUGCAGCUGCUUCCCUGGCCUGUAUCGCUGUGGAUUGUUCCCCAGCCGGCAGCAAACGUAUGGUCAGUCCUGGCACGGACCAUGGGUCAGGACCACAUAUGUUUGUCCACAGCCGCGGCCCAAAACCCGAUGGCUACAUGUCUGGUAGGGAUCCCUCUUGAGCGAGAGGAGUUUACAUCUCUCCUUGAAAAGCUCAAAGCCGCGCAGGCUUUGACGACGCCCGCAAGUAAAGCUACUGUCGCCAAGCCACCUGUCAACCUGCACUGUCCCCGGGUACCCUAUCGGAGACGGCCCCCUUUCAGCUGGCACCGCAGGGGGAAACGCAACACCGAUAACCCCCUGGAAAAAUGGCUGCCCCAGCUCUCGAGGACCAGUAGUGAGCCCCAAGAGCUAGAUCUCUUGGGAUCCUACCCGGCUCACUACUGUGUCCAAUUUCAAUUUGGGUUGUCCCCGGAUCGGGAGGCUUUUAAAAACAUAGCGCCGAACCGUCGUGACUAUGGGGCAGACAAAUGGUGCCUGGCCGUCAGCGGGGUGACCACUGACAAUCCCCAUAGGUCACAUCCGAAAGGGUUACCCCAAGGACUAUUCCUUAUUUGCGGUGACAGGGCGUGGGCAGGCAUCCCUUCUCGCCUGUUAGGAGGCCCUUGUACCAUUGGCCGCUUGACGCUGUUGACGCCCAACCAAACUCUAGUGCAUGAUUGGGAAAGGAAAAGAAAUAGGACUUCCGAAUUGGCAAUUCAAAAACGUGAACUUUCAAAUCUGGACCAAAAUUGUGACUCGGAAGUUAUUCAUUGGGCCAGACCAAAAGGGGUUGCAAUCUCCACGUUAUUGCCGUGGGUGGCUGCAGCCAAAGCCUUAGGGGAAUUAGGGCAUAUGGAAUGUUGGGUCGUCAAACAAGCAAAUCUUACUUCAAGUGCCCUGAGUGACCUCCUAAAAGACGAGCAAAUAACCAGACAAGCCACCUUACAAAACAGGGCCGCUAUCGACUUCCUACUCCUCCUCCAUGACCACCGGUGUGAGGAGUUCGAAGGGCUGUGCUGCCUAAACCUGUCAUCAAGAGCGGAGAACAUCCACAAGACUCUCGACAAGAUGCAGGCCAUGGUGUUGCAGAUCCAACGCGAGACGGGUGAUUGGCUCAGCAGCAUCCUCAACGGGUGGGGACUAUCAGGAUGGACAGUGUCUAUUCUCCGGACCGGACUGCUUUUGUUUUUCGUCUUUUUGGUUACCCUGGUUAUGUUCGGACUCCUCAGAAGACUGUUGUUUAAGUUGAUUACAAGCUCCCCCUCCCCCGUGGACAUUGGCCAGGCCGAAGCUCUCCCGGAAUCAGAGCACGAGCCCAUGGCCCCAGAGUUGCAGUGGUUUGGGGACUUAUAUCCAGACUCUGAGUAUUGUCCCCAACCUGAAUUUCAAUCAUCAUAAAAAACAAAAAAGGGGGAAAUGUGGGAGUGUGUUAUGCUUUGGUUCAGUCCGGGUCUCCCCUCGAGUUUAGUAUUUUAUAUCCACCCAGUUUAUAUCCUCCCAGUUCGCUGUCAAUUACCCUAUUUCCCUCCUUUGCCUCCUCCCUGGCCCUUGCCAAUCGUGCUGGCACCCUGCCCAGGCUUCUAGAAAGUUCUGGCAGGGGUGUCGUGUGAUUGGCUAGGAGAAAAUGAUCCCUCCCUUCCUUUCCCACGGUUGGUCCCCUGAUGCGCCUUUCAUUCUGUUCACCACACCCUUCCCUCCUCUGAUUGGUUAUUCCUUUGAUCCCUCCCUUGUUACCAGCCCCCCAUAAAACCUCCCGCAAGUGCCUUCUGAGCUCGCUCAGAGCUGGGUAUUCCUGGGAGGUGGGACCUCGUCUCCGAGGGCUCAAUAAACUUCCAGUUUUAACCCA